AUGUCAGUCGCCGACACCAUCGAAUACGUGACCCUGGGCAAUCCUGUCAGCAAAAUGGUAGCCUCGUCCGCAUCUGCCCUGCUCCGCACGCUUGGUCUGCGUCCCAAGAAAGUGCCGGUGCAGGAGACGAGUAUGGCGCUGAUCCCUGCCGCGAACUACGCGCAUUCACACGGAUCGCUCUACCGACUGGCCGGCAGCCACUACCACUUCAUUCGGCUGGCCGGGAUCGGCGGCGCGUCGGCCAUCUUUAUGGGCGCCUACUGCAAGUACGUCCUGAAGGACGUCAGCGAUCCCAAGGAGCAGGUGGACUCGCAGGCCUUUGCUGAUGUGGCCAAUCGCAUACACUUCCUGCAUUCCUUUGCCAUGAUGGCCAUGCCUCUGGCCCACUAUCCCGUAUUCACUGGCACUUUGAUGAUUACGGGCAUGAUGCUCUUCAGCGGCUGCAUGUACUACCGCGCUUUGACUGGCGAGAAGCGGCUGCAGCCGUACGCGACCGUCGGAGGAUUCUGCCUGAUGGCCGCGUGGCUGUCGCUGGUCCUAUAGGAUGCGCGGAGGGGAGGCCAACUAUCUAUUUUCCAUGUAGCACAUGCUGAAAUGCAAUUUAGUGCAGAGGCAAAUAAAGCUAAGCCAACUCUAACAUACAUCAUCUAACAUAAUACAACAUCAGCUAAAUAUGAGUUUCUUUAUCCGCUUUUAGCCGUUAUUUACAAUAAUUAUAGUGAGGGCCUUGCAGCUAAUGGAAGAUACUUUUAAGUUAAAUGCGUACAAUCUCUUAGUGGCAAAUGUAAGUCGCUAAGUCGAUAUAAUGAAAUAAAACAAAUAAAACCGUUUUAACAAAAGAA